AUGAUGGAAGAAAGAUCAAAAUCAAGAUCAAAUACUGGAUCCUUUGCAAAUAUUACUUUUAAACUCAAGCUGAGCCAAGAGUAAAUUCUAAAAAGUAAUCCAGAAGCUCAAAAUAAUUUUCAAGUAUUUCUUAAACUUUUGCAUGGACCAUCAGAUGGUGAUCAGCCUCCUCUUGAUAGGGAGUACGAAAUGGAGUUAGAUGAAAAAGAUAAAGAAUCCAUGAUUUACUAAACGAAAAUAAAAGUCUUGUAGAAAAGCAAAUAUAGAUAUCAAUAUUGUCAAAAGAAUGAUUAGGAUACUAUCAGUGAAAAAUAUUUUAGAGGUUAUUAAUACAGCCCUGAUGAUCCUUUUGAAGUAGAUUAGUGGAAUAAAUAAUGGUGCAAAUAUAGUUUAAUUGAUGAAAAGUUAAUCAACUUUUCAGGUUAUAUGGUUUAUAUUUAUACAAAAGAAAAUAAUGAGAACAAUAUGAUUAAACUAGAGAAAGAUGCUAAUAAUAAGAUGAGUUGUAAAGAAAUCAUAGAAUGGGACAAAGGUUAGAAGAGUAGAUAAAUGAGUUUUAUCUAAAUUCAAUUAGAAUUGAAUAAUUAACCAAAAGUGAGAAAAUCGAUCAAUUUUAAUUAAGAGGCAGAAAAGCAGAAAAUAGAUGAAUCCUUGAGCAAGAGGAUCGAUGAAUACUUAAGCUCAGUUUAUGUUAACGAUCAAAAGAAUCAUAGUUCAAAUCUAAUCUCUGUUGAAUAUAAGAUAGACAGCAACGUAAAAAGAAGAUUAGAAAAUUAUUCAAGACUUUUUGAUGAGGUUAAGAGAUAUGAAGAAGAAUUGAAAUUUAAGAAAUAAGAUAUGGAAACUUUGGAACAAAAAUCGAAAAAUUAGAAAUAUGAAUUGAAAAAUUUGAAACUAGAAUUGGAAGAAAAGGAAAAAGAAUUGGAUAAAAAGAAAUAAGAAUUGGAAGAAAAGAAACAAGAAUUGGAAAUUUUUAAAAAUUAAAAUAAAUAAAAAAAAUAGUAUUUGCAAGAUAAAUAAAAUUAUUAUGAAAGUAGACUAAAGUAAUUAGAGUCUAAAAAUGAAAUGGACAGAAUUAGAUUAGAAUAAGAAAAUAUUGAUAUAUAAUUAAAGCAUAAAGAAGAAAUGAAUAAAUUUAUGUCUGAAAAUAAGGAAAUACUUGAACAGUUGAAAAACUAGAAUAAAAUUGAGUUUGAUAAUUUCAAACAAUAUUCAGAGAAGAUUAUUUAAUAAUAUAUCACAUAAUAUGAAGAAGCUAAUCAAAAGUUGAUGGAAUUAGAAUAUAAAAACGUUAACUUUUCUUCUGAAGAAAUUACAAUUCAAGCAGAAGAUUUCAAUCAAUUUUCCGAAGAAGAAUAAAACAAUCUUCAAGAACUUCAGAAACGAUUGAAAAUUUAUGAAUCUAAAGUUGUCGAAAUGAAAGAAGAAAAUGAAUGUAUUAAGGAAAGAUUAGGAAAAAAAAAUCUUCAAAUAAAAUAAAAAUGCAUUAGUUCCAUAGACGAAUUGAAAAAAUGUUAAGAAUUACUAGAAAAAUGCCAAUAGGAGUCUCAAAUAAUGGGCGAAGAAAAGCAAAUAGAAAUAAAUAUUAGAGAGGAUAAAUAAAAUCGAUAUUAAGAAUAACUAAAAUUUGUCUAAAGUAAAUUGAAAAAGUAAGAAGAUGAAUUAAACAAGUAUCGGAAGGCAUUGGAAGAUUUGGAAAAAAAAUUUGAAGAAGAGUAACAAAAAAAUAAAGAUUAGUAAGUAAAAUUUGAAUCCGAUAUCUUACAAUUGAAAUAAGAUUAUGAUAAAACAAUGAAUGAGAUGCAUGCAUAAAUCUAAUAAAAACUAGAUUAAUAAGAAGAAAAUUAAAAAGAAUUGUAAAAAAAAGCAAAUUAACAAUAAAGAUAAAAGAUGGAUUUUAAAGCAAAUCAAAAAUAUGAAAGAAUUCUAAAUGAAAUUCCUACUAAAAAUGAAUUUUAUAAAAGAUUUAUCAGUUUUUUACCUUAUAAGAAAUCUCCCAAAUAAAAACCUGUAUUAGAUGCUUAUCGAUAAUCUUAAUAAAUAAUUUAAGAAAUAUCUACGCAAUUACUAUAAGUAUAAGAACAUAAAAUACAAAAUCAUAACGAUUUAUGCGUUGAAAUUAUAUCAGAACUGUAGACAACCUAUUCUAAUUCAGAUGCUAUUGAAAAUCUACUUAAUGAGAACUUUUUGAAAUUAGAUUAAUUCAAAAAACUGCAUUAGAAACUAAGAAUCAAAAGAUAUUUAAAAUAUCACUGA